AUGUUCUUGCCCCACCCGCAGCUUAUAUCCUUAAUGCAAGUGUGGUCGGCGCGAGCAGCUGGAAUUCUUCUCUAUAUAAUGGUUCUAUCUUUGCUUUCGGGAAUAAGUGGAAUGGCAUCGGACAACAACCCUGUGAUCUAUGACUACUCUCCUUACUUUCUCGUCUACAAAGACGGCUCUGUCAAGCGGCUCAAGGCGGAGGAGCAAACGCCGCCCGGCCUUGACCCCCUCACUAACGUCGACUCCAAGGAUAUCCGCAUUUCCGCCGAUGUCUCCGCCCGCAUCUAUCUUCCUCCUAUCAAUAUCAACUCUACUAGCACAAAGCUCUCCCUCAUCCUCUACUUUCGCGGCGGCGGCUUUUGCAUAUUCUCCUCUGCCUCCCCCAUCGUCCACCGCCAUCUCAAUGGCCUCGCGGCCGUGUCCUCUUCUAUCAUCCUCUCCGUCGACUACCGUCGCGCACCGGAACACCAUAUCCCUGUGCAAUAUGAUGAUUGUUGGGCUGCUCUCGAAUGGGUCGCAUCCCAUCGCAGCGACGUCGAACCGUGGCUCCUCGAUCAUGCUGACUAUGACAGAGUCUACUUAGCCGGCGACAGUGCCGGCGGCAACAUCGUGCACAACCUGGCUAUGCGAGUUGGGUCUCAAGGGAUGAUCUCCAGUUAUAGCUUGAAGCUAGCAGGGACGAUACUGCUAGAUCCUUACUUCUGGGGGAAAAAUCUGACAGCCUCAGAGAAAGCAGCCGAUCCAGUAUUAAGGAAGAAGUUGGACCAACUGUGGGGAAUGAUUUGCCCAGAGUCGACGGCCGGGAAUGACGACCCGCGCGUGAAUCCCUUGGCGGUGGGAGCGCCGAGUUUGGCAGAUCUAGGGUGCACGCGCAUGCUGCUGUGCACGUCGGAGAAGGACGCGAUGAGGGAUCGGGCGCUGAUGUACUAUGAGGCAUUGACGAAGAGUAGUGGGUGGUGCGGGACGGCUGAGUUGUAUGAGGCGGCAGGGGAGGAUCAUGAAUACUAUCUGAACCAUCCAGACAGCAACAGCACUGCUAUGCUCCGUGCCAGAAUCGCAACCUUCUUGACUUGA